AAUGUGGGAAGAAAUCAAGUCGUAGUUGGAAAAAUGCUUUCUUGUUUGUUGAGCCAUGAGAUUUUGCAACUUUUGUGAUAGUUGACUCCAAAUUUUAACGAGCAAUAAAAUCAACCGAUACCCUCUUUCUCUCUCCCGUGACUUUGUUUGAGACUCCUUCCAGUGUUACUAGAUUCUCAAGAAUUCACACUCCCCCAAAAAACAUGAAAAGGCUUCAGAAAAUCGCAUUGCUUUCCUCUCACGGAAACUAGACCUUAAGAAACCAGAAGUUAAAAACAUAAUAACUCAACCAGCAUUCUUAUACAACUCAAAUAACUGCACUCGUUGGUGAACUCACUCAUUGUCAGAAAACCAACUCGUGGAAGCCAGAGAAUAUUUUUGAAUGGCCCAAGAUACAUCUACUCCUGAAUCACACAAGAAAAAACCGGGCCUCUUAAAAGAUCAAGUCCACUUGGUUAAGAAAAAGGACUCCGAUCGAUAUGAGAUAGUUCCAAUUCCAGAUCCUUUGUCAUUUGAGAAGGGCUUCUUUAUAGUUAUUCGUGCAUGUCAAUUGUUAGCCCAAAAGAAUGAUGGAAUUAUAUUGAUUGGUUUAGCUGGUCCUUCAGGGGCUGGGAAGACUGUUUUCACAGAGAAGAUUCUCAACUUCAUGCCUAGCAUUGCUGUUAUAUCUAUGGACAACUAUAAUGAUGCUAGUCGACUGGUUGAUGGAAACUUUGAUGAUCCACGCCUGACUGACUAUGAUACAUUGCUCGAGAACCUCGAGGACUUAAAGGCAGGAAAGCCAGUUCAGGUUCCAAUAUAUGAUUUCAAGUCUAGCUCUCGGACAGGAUACAGGACAAUUGAGGUCCCAAGCUCCCGCAUUGUUAUCAUUGAGGGAAUCUAUGCUCUAAGUGAAAGGCUGCGAUGUUUGCUAGAUCUCCGUAUAUCUGUUACUGGGGGUGUUCAUUUUGACCUCGUCAAACGGGUUUUACGGGACAUACAACGUGCUGGCCAAGAACCAGAAGAAAUAAUCCAUCAAAUAUCUGAAACGGUGUAUCCAAUGUACAAGGCCUACAUUGAGCCAGAUCUCCAAACAGCUCAUAUAAAAAUUGUAAACAAGUUCAAUCCUUUCACUGGAUUCCAAAGUCCCACUUAUAUUUUAAAGUCAGCAAGGAAUUUGUCAGUGGAUCAAAUUAAGUCUAUUUUUUCUGAAGAAUAUACAGAAACAGAAGAGCAGACUUACGAUAUAUAUCUACUACCUCCUGGUGAAGAUCCAGAAUCUUGCCAAUCAUAUUUGAGGAUGCGGAACAAAGAUGGAAAAUACAGUCUCAUGUUUGAGGAAUGGGUGACUGAUAUUCCAUUUGUUAUAUCACCACGGAUUACUUUUGAAGUCAGUGUGCGUCUUCUUGGUGGGCUUAUGGCCUUAGGAUACACAAUAGCAACCAUCCUUAAAAGAAGCAGCCAUGUGUUCUCUGACAAUAGGGGGGUGUCUGUGAAAAUUGAUUGGCUAGAGCAACUUAAUCGAAAAUAUAUUCAGGUGCAAGGAAGAGAUCGGUCAACUGUAAAAUAUGUUGCAGAGCAGCUGGGUUUAGAAGGCUCAUACAUUCCUCGGACCUAUAUAGAACAAAUUCAACUGGAAAAGCUUGUAAAUGAAGUUAUGGCCUUGCCGGAAGAUUUAAAGUUGAAGCUGAGCCUAGAUGAGGAUCUUGUAUCAACCCCCCAAGAAGCUCUUUCACGGGCCUUUGCUGAUAGGAUUUCCAUGCGAAAUAAGAAUAUGCAAAGUGGUAUGUCACAUUCUUAUUCAACACAACGUGACAAGGCUCUGUCCAAGCUUAUGAGCUUAUCUGUAAAUAAGCGGAGGUUUGAUGAUAGAAGUGGGGAGUCACAGACAGCAAAUCAGGAUGUCAUCACUCAACUUUCAGAACAGAUCUCCUCGCUAAAUGACAGAAUGGAGGAGUUUACAACUCGUAUUGAGGAGUUGAAUGCCAAUUUAACAAUCAGGACAAAUUCUAUUAGCCAACAAAAUAUGGCUCUCCAAACUGAAGCAUGCAAUGGAUCCGCUCCCACGACUUACUUCAUUUCAGGUUUAGGAAAUGGUUCCUUGACUGGUUCUAGAAUGCUUAAUUCCUCAUCUUCCUCCCAGUUAGUUAAGGAGUCGUCUUUAAUGGAAGAGAUAUCAAGUAUCGCACGUGGACAACGUCAAGUCAUGCAUCAGUUGGAUAGUUUUAGCACUCUUCUUCAGGAGAGCUUGGGGGAGAGUUCUCGCCCAUUGAGAAAAACCCAGGGAAGUAUAACCGCUGAUGUUGAACCCAUUAAAAUACCUCUCAUUUUAAGUUUAGCACUUGGUGGUCUGGGAAUCUUCUUGUACAAGGGCUAUCUAACCCGAAAUUGAUUGAGUUGUGAAUGUUAGUUCACAUUUUUAAUAUUUUCCUUUCUUCCGAGUCGAAAAUGUGUUUUGAAUGCCACCCUUCACGCGGGAAGACUGUCAUACUGAUUGACCAUUUGUUUUUAGGGUAUAGGGUACUUGAAGCAGCAAGGAGUAGUUUUCAAGGUGUAUUUGAGUUGUUCAAAGAAGGGAUGCUUAUUCAAAUUUUGUAACUCAUUUGGCAAUGUUUUAUUUGUUACUUAAGAACCUUUCAGAGAUAAAUUUAUACCAAAAAUAGAAGCAAGUUUCAAAUUUUCA